AUGUCUUCCUAUCCCAUACAGUGGGACACCAUCCUGCCAGUUCAUCAGCGCCAAAGGCUAUACAGUGGGAUAUCCGCAUCAGUGGAGCCUUUAGCCCAUGAGGAAGUGCCUCCACGCCCCGCGACCAUUGAUUUGGAAGGUGAUACCAUGCCGAUGCCAGCAUCCCUGCACGCCAUGAUUGACAUUGAUAGCGCUGGUGGUCUGGCCUCAAGUCUCGCAGUGGCCCGUGAGGGGUUCCAAUGGAAAGCCAACCGGUCUCUGACGAGCAACCUGAAGAGUUCUCUUCACCUGGAUCCCAUUUCAGUUCAGUGGAGAGAUGAGCAGACCGAAAGGGUCCGCCAGUCCCAGAGACCAGUCCACCAGAUCCCUCACCUUCCGUUUGGACGACUGGUUGGAUUCCCUGAGAUUGAGGUCUACAUUCUCUUCCCCCGGCUCUUCAGCCCCCAGCGCCAGCACCACAUCAUCACAGAGCAGGAGUAUGCUCUUUGGACAGACAAGGUCUUCCUCCCGGCCCUCCACCAUGUUUACUCUGCAUCCACACUUCUCCACCUGCCAUCCAGUGCCGCGCAUAUCCAGCUCAGUUCCACCGCAGCUCGGGCAGAAGGCCGCAAUCAGACUUUGCACGAGCAGCCACGGGUGCAGGAGUUCCACUUUUCACUACAGCCAGCAGGACUUCACCAUCUCUGGGAGCAUGUGCAGACAACCAUCCAAGACCCAGGGCUUCAGCACUUUCAGGGACUCAUGCUCCUUCUGACUGCUAAGAACCUGAAGCUCUCAACCCAGCAUGCCACCUGGUCCAGCACGCGUGAUGCCUUCUUUCGCAUGUGGAAUCAGGCCGUGGAUGGGCGCUAUCUGACCACCAGCUUCUAUGAUAUUGGCAAGGAGGUGGUCUCGCCCUGGAGCUUCCUGUCGCACCAGGAGCCAACACACGCGCCCUGCACAUUCAUCUGGCGACGUUGUUGCCUGGAUUGUUUCUGUGAAUGGCUGAGAGAUUCACCAGCUGCACAAAGGAUCUCUUCUCCCACUUCAUCUGAGCCCGAUAGCUCACCGGACAAUUCAAUGGAGAUGCAGAUCAACAAUGACCACCCAGUGGCAGCUGUCCAGCUCCGGCGGUCCCGCCGACUUCGCGGCCAUGUCCAGCAUAGGGUGACGUCCGAGGCCUCAGACUCCGGCCACGUCCAACACGGGUCGGUGGAGCCGGCACUCAGGAGUGAAGAUGAAGAUGCAUACCAGCCAGAGCUUAGUGAGGGCGGUGAAGAUGAAGAUGAUGAGGAUACCAGCAACCUGGGUGAACAUUCAGCAGGUGGCGCACCGGUUGCUGAUGCCCAGGCUCCUGAUUCAGAACAUGAACAUCCACAGGAAGGAUCCUGGCGCAAGCAGUUCUAUCCGCUGUCGUUCCUGCGUGAUCUGGGGUCCAUGACGCUAGAGCCGCACCGGUGCUCCCCGCUUCGCCGCCGGGGCCUGCUCUACUGCCAGUUCUACAACACCGUCAAGGAGGUCUUCGCGGCCGGCCAGCAUUCCCCGUUUGCAAAUGAGAACCUGGACACGUUGGCUCUGGAUCCCGGGCUGGUACGGACCUGGCAGCAUAUUGGAAAGGCCAUCAGCCAUUCCCCUCUUGCCUUGCUGCGCGCGUACAUCCACACCAAGCGGCGGUGCCAUGUCGCCAUUUCCGACUGCCGCCAGCGGUCCUACGGGACUCGGGAGGAGUACCGGGUCACUGCUGCUGUCCUGCAGGCCAUGGACCGAAUCCUCCGGGAAAGCAAUCUAGCUGAUCAUCCCACAGUUGUGCCUCAAUGCCCAGCGCCCUUCCUCAACUAUCGCACUGACCAGCUUCUGGGGUGGCUGCGGUGGAACAUCAACAAGCUGUGCACCGGGUUUGAGAUGGUCUACAGCCUGCAGCCGCGCACUGUGGUGCACUGGGAACAUACUCGGGUGAUGAUGAUGUUUCUUCGAUGCCUCCUGUGCGCGUAUGGAGGCCAGGGCAACCACCUCUGCCGCAGCAGUGGCCUGUGGCUUGAUCGUCGGGUGCAACCGCCCCCAGAGGGUUCUGACACGGAGCGGAUUCAGGAGGGCCUUGGGAUGGCGUCCACACUGGAGCUGUAUGGUUAUGCCUGGUUUCUUGACAAGCUUGACUGGAUGGCCAUGACAUUCAAGCCACCACAUCGGGCGCACAUGGUCUUCAACACCCCGACCCUACAGAUGGCCUACUACCGGCAGUACCGGCAACUGAUCAAGUUCAAGUCUGAUUUCGUGCUCUUCCAUGAUGUAUUCAGCCGCAUGCUGGAUGUCCGCCUAGACCCCGCCCGCUCUGCGCUGCUGCUGCAGCUGCUGGUGAAUCUCUGCCUGAGGGCCUUCCGGAAGGAUGUCUUCAGAAGCCUGGCUGACUGUGUCACCCAGCAGCCACUCCAUCCUGCUAGGCUUGAGGAUGCGUGCAAUGGUGAAAUCCCACUCACCUGUGCUG